AUGGAAAAUUGUCCAGGCAUAAAGGACAACUGCACUUGUGCAGGAAUUCCCUAUGAGGACAGCCAGACUCUUUUGGUGACUGUUUACAGCAUCGUUUUUGCCAUUGGCCUUCCAGCAAACUGCUUGACUUCCCUGCUCACAUUCGUACAAAUCCAAAGGCAUCGAGUCAUCGCCAUCUACAUUUUCGCCUUAUCACUGUGUGAGCUGAUGUACUUGGGCACUUUGCCUCUCUGGAUUGUCUAUGUGAGAAACAAGCACAACUGGACCAUGGAUGAAAAGCUUUGCAAGGUAACAGGAUUCGUCUUCUUCUGCAACAUCUACUUCAGCAUUCUGCUCCUGUGCUGCAUUUCUAUGGAUCGUUACGUGGCCCUGGUGUACCCCCUGGAAUGCAGGGGGAGAAGAGGACAGAAAAAAGCCAUCCUAAUAGUGUGUUGCCUCUUUGCUGUGGUGUCAGCAAGCCACAUUCCAGUGUUUUACAUAGAAGAAAAGUGUGGGAACGUGACAACCUGCUUUGAGACUGUGCCCCUUAACAAAACACUGGCUUCACUCAGCUUUGCUAGGUUCCUGAUUGGAUUUGCCAUACCCUUUGCAAUCCUCAUUUUCACAAACUACAAGAUUUUCCAAAUCACAAAAACCAGCAGCAGCUUCACCCAUCGCCAGAAAGCCAAAGUGAAGUACUUGGCUAUUGCCAUCAUUGUCAUCUUCUUGAUCUGCUUUGCUCCCUACCACGUGGUGCUCAUAAUCAGAGCCAUCUACUAUCUCUUGAAUCAGGACUGCCCGUGCCCAUUUGAGAAGAAAAUCUAUUCUAUUUUCACAGUGUUCCUGUGUUUGGGCACUGCAAAUGGUGUCGCUGAUCCAAUCAUCUAUGUGCUAGUGAGCGAAAAUGUCAGGAGAGAUUGGUACAGGAGCAUGAGGAGCUGGAGAAUGAACUCAUCCAAGCUGAAUUCAUCCAUUGACAAGACUGAGAGCAGAAAACUGAAAAUGGCAAAGGAAUCACAGGAGAGAGAGCUAAGAGAAGAAAAGAAAGGCACAACAGAUUCAUCCAACCUUCCAAAGACAUGUAAGAGUGGCAGAGCCCAAGAAGGCAGCAGCUAG